UCGGGCACGCUCCACCGCUCCACGCUGCGGACAUAAACACAGGGAUAAAGCGUGUAAAAGUGAGCUCUCGCGCCCGAGAUCGCUGCUUCUGCUCUCUGCCCAUCCACUAAACUAACCGCAUGUUUCAUCCCGUUCAAAAUUUCCACAGUUUUUUAUCCUUUUGUUGUUUUUGGUCGAUGUUUACCCGGAUAGGAGCGGCUUGGAGCGGCUGUAGCAGAAGAAUGGGAAACUUAACCUCUACAUCUUCAGCCGGGUCCACUACUGCAUGUGUAAAGUAUGUCCAGGAGGUGGUGUCUCAGAACUGCGUGGUGAUCUUUUCAAAGACCACAUGUCCUUACUGUAAAAUGGCCAAAAACGUGUUCAACGAGAUUGGAGCGAACUACAAAGUCAUCGAACUGGACGAGCACAAUGACGGGAGGAGGCUGCAGGAUGCUCUGGCACAGAUGACCGGGGCUCGCACUGUUCCCAGAGUCUUCAUUAACGGAAACUGUAUCGGGGGCGGCUCUGACACUAAACAGCUCCAUCAGCAGGGCAAACUCCUACCUCUGAUCGAACAGUGCACCCCCUGCUGUUCAUCCGGCACUGAAGGCUCGGGCAGUGGGCAGCCUGAACCGGUUAAAUGACUAACCGUUCUACUGCUAAUUUUAAACCCAUUUUUUAGAACUUAUGUAAACCAGGUUAUUUUGCUGAUAUAUUAUUAUUUAAGGACAGCUUUGCCUUUUGUUCUGCCAAGCACUUCUGUUUCUUGAUAUAAAAUGUAUUAAGAUUUAUUUGAAUCUGUUGGAGUGUUUUUAAUACGUCAAAUAGGAUGCAAUGCAGUUUUCUAUUACAGUCAGUUUUACAUGUGGUCAAUAUGUCAAAGUUCAUAGCUUUGUAUUUUGAGUUAUUGACUAAAGUUCAUGUUUCUGCUGCUUUGGUUCAACUGUGAUAUAAUAAUUUUUUAUUUGCAUGUUGUAAACAAAAUGUGGCUGGAAUGUGAAUAUUUGCAUUGCAUGUAAAACUUUUUGGCAUGGAUGAAUGAAUGUCUUUGGUAGAGUGUACAAGUGAACUGAAAGCCUCAUUUGAAGCUGUAUGAACAUGGUUGUUGGCAUGUUGGUUCAAAUGUUAAUUUAUUGUUAAUAAAAUUCUUUAUUCAGUGG